AUGUUAUCAGGAUACGGAUCCGAGGAAGACUUUGCCCCUGCCAAAGACUCGUCGAAUGCGAGCGAAAGCGCGAGCGGCGUUUGGUACUUCCCAAACGAGAGCAUGCAGUGAGUGCUAGCCUUUGGCCGUGGUACCACCUUGAUUGCAGUAAGUCUCAUCUCUUCGCCUUGCUUCGCUGUCGAAGUUUCAAAUUCAGGGGCACGCAUAUAUGGGCUAAGAGGAGUAGAGCGUUGGUCGGCGAUUCGGAGUGGGACGAAGUAAGUCAUAGCGAUGCCGUCUGUUGAAACAGCCUCAUUUCAGCUGACCCCGUAUGACUUCCUCAGACUUUGGUUCUUUCGUUCCUCACACUCUCUUCUAGCCCUCUAAGGAACUUCAUCAGGCAUGUCAAGGAGCAAUAUGUUGAUCAAGAGCUGGGCAAAUGCAUUGUGUGGCAGUUGGACCGAUACGGACAAUGGACAGAGUCCAAUAGUAGCUCCAAACGGCUGGCCGAGUCUGUGCAUCUGCCUAUCGGUCAGAAGGAAGACUUGCUGGGCGACGUCAGGUGGUUUUUGAGCAACGAAACGAGGCGAUGGUAUCAUGACCGUGAGUGAUGUUUCUUCGGUGUCCAGAAAAGCGGCAUCGCUAAGCUCAGCUUCAUGUCACCCGAAUGCUUGCAGGUGGCAUACCCUGGAGACGCGGAUAUCUGUUUCAAGGCAUUCCGGGUAGUGGCAAAUCCUCCAUGGUUCACGUCAUGGCUAGUGAGCUGUCCAUGCACAUCUACUCGAUAUCCUUGUCAAACAACAAGAUUGACGAUGCGACGUUUCGGGUACGUCUGCGUUCCGGAUCGAUGUGAAACUUUGCGAUGGCUUCUGGACUCAGCGACGAAACUCUCUCAUGCGCAGGAAUUGGCGCAGAAGGUUCCUGAAAGGAGUAUCUUGCUCCUAGAAGAUGUCGACGUGGUGAGAAAGAGCAACGUCUGACUGCGCAUUUUUGCGUCACGAUUGACGCCAAUCGGCUCUCUCCCCUCGUAGGCCUUCGCAAAUAGAGAGCAAAAGCUUACAGGAGUAACGCUGUCGAGCUUGCUCAAUGCAAUUGAUGGAGUGGGAGCGACAGACGGCCGCAUAUUAGUCCUCAGCACCAAUCGCAAGGAGGUUCUGGACGAGGUGAGAGACGGUGUGAAGCGGAUAUUUGUGCUCGUGAUUCCGUGUUGAAUUGGGACCAUUCGUUCCUCUGUAUGCGCAGGCGCUUAUCCGGCCGGUGAGUUGCGUGUGGCUGCAACAACAUUCUCUUCUCCGCUGAUCGCAUGUUCUUGCUCACAAUCCCGGCAGGGUCGAGUGGACUACGAAUUAGCCUUCACACACGCAACUUCUUCUCAAGCCUAUGAGCUCUUUCUACGUUGGUACAAGCCAGCGUCUCGUCGUACGGACAGUGGCUGUUUGGCGCACUCGCAAAUAGAGAAGCUCCGCUCUGACGAGCAAGAUCUGGAGAAGGAGGCGCGGUCAUUCGCCGAAGCUAUACCAAAUGGACGAGUCAGCGUCGCAGCGCUGCAGGGUCAUUUGUUAAAGUAUCCGCAUGAACCUCUGAAAGCCGUUCAGACUUUGUCUAGAUGGCUUUCAGAGCAAGCAGGUAAGGACGACGCAGUAUAA